GGUGAGGAUGGCUAGCAGAAACGCGCCCUUUCAACUUCUUUUCAUUUUCUUCCUUUUUUCUAAAUUUUAUCAUUUUCCAAUUCUUGAGGCUACUGGAUCUAAUUCCAGUGUAGGUUGCAUCGAGAUGGAGAGGAAAGCCCUCCUUAAGUUUAAGGAAGGUCUUAUAGAUCCCUUUGGUCGACUUUCUUCCUGGGUUGGCAAAGACUGCUGCAACUGGGCUGGCGUAGAAUGUGACAAGCAGACAGCCCAGGUUUUCGCGCUCGACCUUGGACCAAGGUAUAACUGUUCAUCCGUACAAGUAAGUUUCCCAUCGCCUUAUCUGUACUGUCAGCUUGGUGGUUCGUUGAAUCCGUCUUUGCUAAACUUAACAUCUUUGAAAUACUUGGACCUGAGUUAUAAUAACUUCCUAGGAAUUUCAAUUCCAAAUUUCAUAGGUUCACUCAAAACUUUGAAGUCUCUCAACCUCCAUGGGGCAAACUUUUCCGGAAUGGUUCCUCCCCAACUUGGCAAUCUGUCAAAUUUGGUUCAUCUGGAUCUCGACACGUUUUCAUAUCCAAACUAUCUUUGGGUGUCUGAUCUAAACUGGCUCUCUGGCCUGUCUUCUAUCCAAUCCCUCGGUUUAGGAGGCGUAAACCUCAGUAAGGCAACGACAAAUUGGCUACAAGCUGUUAAUAUGCUUCCUUCAUUGUUGCAGUUGCAUAUGUCUGGCUGUCAACUUUUUGACCUUCCUCAAUCUCUUCCAUUUGUAAAUUUCUCGUCACUUCAGGCUCUUGACCUCUCAUAUAAUGAAUUCAGGUCUUCAGUACCUCAGUGGCUCUUUAAUCUCAGUAACCUCAAGCAACUUAAGCUUGCUGGUUCUAACCUUACAGGUCCCAUUCCCACAGUUUUAUCGGGAAAUAUUUGCAAAUUAAGGAUUUUAGAUAUGUCAUUUAAUUCUAUCGAAGGAGAAAUUACAGAUUUUGUAGGGGCUUUGUCUGGAUGUAGCAAUGGAAGCUUAGAGACACUAGAUUUAAGUUUAAACAAACUCACAGGGAAUGUGCCUGACUCUUUGCAGUUGCUUAGAAAUUUGAAAUCACUUAAACUCUCCUAUAAUAAACUCAAAGGGAGGUUGUCUGAUUCCUUGGUGUCCCUUAGAAAUUUGGAAGAGCUUGAACUCUCGCACAACUCUUUAUCAGGCCCGCUUCCAAAAUCCAUGGGGAAUUUGUCACGGUUAGAAAUACUGGACUUAACUUUCAACAUGAUGAGUGGCACCAUCACUCAAAGUAUUGGAAAACUCACAAGGCUUUUGAGACUGGGUCUGUAUGGUAAUUCAGUGGAAGGAGUCAUAACCGAGUUUCAUCUGCAGAACCUGACAAAUUUAUACGAUCUAUCCUUAUCAUCCGUGAACAAAUCUUUGACUUUCAGCUUGAGACAUGACUGGAUUCCUCCGUUCAGUCUGUCUUACAUUGCAAUUAGUGAUUGCCAAUUGGGACCUACUUUUCCGGCAUGGCUCCGAACUCAGAACAGAAUUAUUCAAAUAACACUCUCAAGUGUUGGCAUUUCAGACACCAUACCUGUUUGGCUUUGGAGAUUAUCGCCACGGAUCUUCUGGAUGGAUCUUUCCCAAAACCAAUUAAGAGGCAAGCUUCCCGAUUCAAUAAUGUUUCCCUUCAGCGUAGGAGCAUGGAUAAAUUUGGGAUUCAAUAACCUGGAGGGUUCAAUCCCACUUUGGCGUAAUGUGACAAAUCUCUCUUUGAGAAAUAAUUUAUUUUCAGGAGCAAUUCCUUGGAAUAUAGGCCUUGAAAUGUCUGUGUUGGAAAAUCUAGAUCUUUCUCGGAACCAUUUAAAUGGUAGCAUUCCACCAUCGAUAAACAAUAUGAGGAAUUUGGAAUUUCUACAGUCUUGGAAUUUGAAAUUGAGCGGUAAUAAUCUUUCUGGGGAAGUUUCUACAGUCUUGGGCUACUGCAAAGUCUUGUUUGCUCUUGAUCUUGGAGAGAAUGGAUUUUCCGGAACCAUACCCGAGUCAAUCGUAGCGUACCCGACUUUGGUGUAUCUUUUGAACCUGCGAGCCAACAAGUUAACGGGAACUAUUCCUGAGCAAAUAUGUAAUCUCUCCAACCUCCACAUCUUGGACCUGGGACAUAAUAAUUUGUCAGGGUCAAUUCCUAGUUGUCUGGGCAGUUUGGUGCGUUUGAAAUAUCUGAGAGGAUAUUUUACCGGACUUACACCAACAGUACGAGAAACAUCAUUCUUUCAGCACACCGAGUUGGUUAUCAAGGGGAGGAUAAGUGAAUUUACCAAGAUAAUUACACUUGUCAACACCAUUGACCUGUCUGGCAACAAUUUAGUUGGAGAGAUUCCCGAGGAGAUUACAAAUUUAUCAACCUUGGGAUCCUUGAAUCUAUCUUGGAACCAAUUAAUAGGCAACAUACCAGAAAAUAUUGGAAAGUUGCGAUGGUUGGAAGUCCUUGACCUCUCACAUAACCGUCUUUCAGGCCCAAUUCCUCCAAGCAUAUCUUCAAUGACUCUGUUGAACUAUUUGAACUUGUCUUACAACAACCUGUCCGGCCAAAUUCCAUCAUCUAACCAACUGCAAACCAUGGCUGAUCCAUCUAUUUACCAGGGUAACCCAAGACUCUGUGGGCCUCCAUUGUCAGCCAACUGCUCAAUAUCCGGUGAUGGAGACGGAUUUCCCAAAGACGAGGAUGAUGAAGAUGACGACGGAUCCAAAAACCUAGGGAUGUACAUAAGUGCAGUACUCGGAUUUGUUAUCGGAUUUUGGGCUGUUUUUGGCACUUUGGUGAUAAAGAAGUCUGUCAGACGUGCCUAUUUCCGGUACUUGGAAAAUAUGAAGGAUAAACUGUUCGUGCUGAUUGCAGUGAAAUUGGCUCGUUUGCAAAGGAAAAUGGAGGUGCAAAGAAAUUAAAGACAAAGGUAACCAAGGUAACAUUUGCUUCUGCUCUGUGUUGAUUCAUCAAUGGUAGCUUAACAUUUGUUACUUCUACCCUUUAUCUUUAUCAUUUCAAUUUUCUGAUUUUGCCUUACAAGUAGUGAACUGUCCUUGAAAAAAGAUGGCUUCAGAAAGAAAGUUGUUGAGGGAAGGAGGAUAAAUGGAUUAAGGAGUGUAGAGCCAUGCAUCCGUAAUCUUGGUAGUUAGCUAGGAAAAUUGUACUGCCUUAUCCAGCUCGUCCUGUAUUUAAGGAUUUUAAUGCUAUGUAUCAUGAGCUUUCUCUCUUGUUUGUAAAUAACAGAAAGAUGUUUCCUUU